AUGGCGGCGCCCACCAAGGAGCUCAAGGAGUGGCUGGACGAGUGGCCGGUCGUGCGCGACCUCGUGGACGAGCUGCUGCUGAGCCUCAAGCGCAGACAACUGCGGGGCUCGUACGAGACGGCCAAGAUGACGACCAGCGUGCUGAGCAAAGUGCUGGAGACGGUGGAGUGGUCCACGGCCGGGGAGAUUCUCGAGAAGAUCCGGCAGCUCGGCCACAUGCUGACCAAGGCCCACGCGCACGAGCUGGCCAUCGGCAACGUGGUGCGCCGCGUGCUGUACAUCAUCCGCGAGGAGCACUCGAACGCGCUCAAGCUGUCGUCGGCGGACGGCGGCGCCGCUGCGCAGGUGCCGGCGCCCCCGUCCAGCCGCAACAACAACCUAUCGCGCUCGCUGGGCACCAUUCUGACCCCCGGCACGGACACGGACCUGUCCAUCCCCAUCGCCGACCUCAAGCUGUCUGUGAUGGAGGGCAUUGCGGAGCUCGUGGACGAGAUCGACAGCCUCCACGUGAACAUCGCCGACCAGGCCAUGGAGUACAUUCACUCGGAUGAGGUGAUCUUGACGUUCGGCAUGUCACUGUCGGUGGAGGCUUUCCUGAAGACGGCGGCCAAGAAGCGUCAGUUCAAGGUGAUCGUGGUCGAGUCUGCGCCGUCGCUGAACGGCCAGCGCACGGCUCACGCUCUGGCGGAGAGCGGCAUCCACGUUACAGUUAUUCCGGACAGCGCCGUGUUCGCUUUGAUGGCGCGUGUGAACAAGGUGGUGGUCCCCGCCGCUGCGGUGGUCGCCAAUGGUGGUCUUAUCGCCCAGUCCGGCCUGCAGAACAUUGCUCUGGCCGCCAAGAAGUGCUCGGUGCCUGUGGUCUGCGUGGCUGGUCUCAUCAAGCUCUCGCCCCUGUACGCGCACGACCUGGACGUGCUGAGCGAGCUCAUGGCUCCAUCCAGCAUCUACAACUAUGAGGACACGGUCGACAAUCUGGAGGUGUUGAACCCGGCAUACGACUACGUGCCGCCUGAGUGCGUGAGGAUUUUCAUCACUAACACGGGCGCCCACCAGCCGUCGUACAUCUACCGUCUGCUCGCCGAGUACUACUCGCCGCAGGACUACCAGCUCAGCUAG